GCGAACGUGGAAGUCAAUUCCGUGGAACCUCUGCCAUUUUUUUGACCGAGUCUGAGACAGAUCUAAUCUGUUCAUUCUGAAAUCGGAUGCUGUUUCCUUUUCAGUUUAUUAAGUGAGUGCAUUGCCCUGCAGAAUUGAAUCAAUAAUUGAGAGUUAGGACAUUUAAUUCCAUUGCAUUUGUGGGAAUGAUCAUUUUAUUCAUAUCUUGUCUGCCUCGACUAUUAUUUCUGCUGUCAUGUCGUUGACCGGCGUGUGUGAGUCGUAUGCACGCGUAAACUGGUUCUAAAUUCUAGAGUUUGACAGAUGCUGAGCCCGAGUGUCAUUGCUUCUUAUUUGACCUAAAAAUUUGGAGACGGUUUAAUUAACACUUACAAAAUGUGAAUCAUUUCCAUCUAAUCCUAAACUUAUCAAGUCAAAUUCUCCUACAUUGAAAACGGCUAAUUGCACACGUGUUGAGAGGGAACUCCUUUACUAUUCAAACAUUUUUAACAUAAAAGGAUAAUCAAUAAAUACAUCAUGGCGGAUCUAAAAUCGGAUCUCCAGUCGUACCUCUCAUCAUCCUCCAAGUCCCUCUCCCAGUCCAGCAGCUCUCUGUCAUCUGGAGCCAAGAACACCAUGAACUCUAUGUCCUCAUGGUUCUCUGGCUCGAAGAACAGUCAGGAUGAUGUGGAAGCAACGGGAAACCUUCUGACGGGCGCACCAAAAGAUGCCAAAGAAGGAGGAGACUCUAAUGGCUGGUUUACGCAGGCAGAAAAGGAUCCACUCUGUCCAUCUUUGAAUCGGCAACAGAGGAUCAUGGGAUUUGUUGGGUGCCUUCUGGCUGGCGUAUUCUGCUUUGUUUUGGCCUGGACCUUUGCUCCUCUCAUCGUCGUCAAACCAAGAAAGUUUGCCCUUCUCUACACACUUGGCAGUCUCUUCUCUGUCAGCAGUUUUUCUCUCCUUUGGGGUCCAAUGAAUCAUCUCAAACACCUUUGUUCUGCUCAGAGAUUCCCUUUCACAGCGACAUAUUUUGGCACAAUGUUUGCUACUCUUUACUUCUCCAUGAUAAAACAAGUCACCAUAAUGACAAUCGUUUGUGCCAUUCUUCAAAUGUUAGCCCUAAUUUGGUAUGUGAUGAGCUACAUCCCCGGUGGUCAGACUGGACUCAAGUUUUUCACCAAAGUGUUCACCUCUUUAGCAGGGAAAGCAGUAUCAAGUUCAUUACCGGUCUGAUCAAGCAAAGAUUCAAGAUGAGAGAAACCACUCUAAAAUAGAGAUACACCCAAUCUCCCGUGACCACUCGGAUGAGUGUGAGGGGCCUCUGUCCUUGAGUGGUUGGCCAUGAGGAAGUCAAGGACCAGGGGCCCGUUGCAGAAAGAGUUGCGUUGAAACGCAAGCCAAAAAAUCAAUCGCAAGUCCCAAAUGCGCUUUGUUGAUUGGUUGAAAAUCAAGUUGCGCAUGAUUGUUAGAGUUGCGAUUGAUUGCAACUCUUUCUGCAACGGGCCCCUGGUCAUGCUAUACGUUUCACAAGACAACUCAAAUGUUGUACCUCUCCAUCCGUUUAAGAGGUUUUAAACAUUCAUGCAGUUGGCAUGACAAGUUUCGGAUGCAAAGAGAUCGGGGGAAAUGCCUCCAAUAAAGGGACAUCUCCGUGUGAUGGUGCUACUUGGAGAAUCUGAUGAUGAGAUGAUGACUUUCAAGCUUUAUUUCUGACCUUUGCCCCAGAAGUAUCUGUUGAAGAGGUUGUCGAUGCUGGUAAAAAUCAGACAAAUAUGUUUCUCUAUGAUUGAGAGUUUAUUUGGUAUUAAGAGGAAGAAAGAAUAGUCACAUUGAUCGAGCCAGGCAAGCAAUGAGGUGCACACCCUAUUCAUUCUUGUUAUCAUGUUUUAUUUAUGUACCAGUAGUCCACGGUUGGGCAAUUCCAUAAAAUGAUCAACCUUUUUGUACGUCCGACCCCCAUUUUUCUCAAGUCUUGCUUCACUUUGUAAACUGACCAAGUCAUGGUCCUUUGAAAACAUUACAGACUGUCAAAAGAACAAGAAAUCAGAGACAGAAAAUUUCAUGAAGUUCCCACAUAUAGGGGGUCAGACGUACAUAUUUUAUGGAACUGCCCAGUUUUAAGUCCAGGGGCCCGUCUUACAAAGAGUUGCGAUUGAUCCGAUCAAUCACAACUAUGGACGGCCCGCAACAUCAACAUGAAUUAUUCAUGUUUGUUCAAAAUAUUUUCUAACUAUGAUUUAUAUUCUUGCAUUCAUUGUUUUCUUGAAAAUUCACUGUGCUUCUCUUUGUUUACAAAGGACAUUGUGCAAAUUUCCUGUAGAAAAAAUUAUGACACUGAUGAAUUUCCAUAGAGUUGUGAUUGAUUGAAUCAAUCGUAACUCUUUGUAAGACAGGGCCCAGAUUUGUCCCCAUUGAAUGGGGGUGGCCUGAUUCACCCUUUCCCUGCUUACCCCUCCCUCCAUUUUGCAUGAUGCACUGCUUCCUUCAUCCUCAGCCCAACCCUCCUCUCUUCCGUCAAUUGCUUUUUCCAUUAAUUCUUUGGCCAUCCCCUCUUCCUCCAACCACCCAUCUGUAUUUCUUAUUUAUAUGGUAUUGUUUAUGAUUUGUUAUUCAGAGCUUGUUUCAAUUCACUAUCAAACACAACUCAAAACUUGAAAUGAAAAUUGAAGAUGCCUCAUCUUCAUAAGUUGAUUUCUAGAAAGGAAAUCUGCAUCAUGAGACACUGUAUCAAAGCACCUCUUGAUUGUAGGUUGUUUUUGUUUCUUUUAUUCCGAAAAUGUCUCAAAUUUUACAAUUAUUAUUUUUUUUAUGGUUUAUGUUUUAUGUUUACUGUGCUCCUUCCUCAUGCUGUGAUGGUGAAGAAAAUUAUUUUACUUAUUAUUCCCAGACAGAUAUGAAUAUUUUGAGUGUCAAAGUAAUUGGAUAAAUUGAAACUUCUAAACUUAAAAAGUUGUGUCGCAGUGGGCCAUCCAGAGUUUAAUCACAACUUUAAGACCAGAGUUUAAAUUGAACCAGAGUGCAGAAUAUAGGCCUUUGGGGUUUAGGAUAGUCUAAAAUAAAUAAUUUUUUGCUUGUUGACAAAGGCAAAUUUGUGAAGAAAGUGAGUAAUCAUAUUUAAUGUCACACUAUUUCUUGAAAUUGUUUAUAUGAUGCAUUAGUGAAACUGAAACCAAGCUGAAAUAUGAUAUUAUGAAUGUACCCAUUUUCGUAAAGGGCUGCAUGAUGAUAGCCCAAUACUACUGUAUGACAGUGAAAGUUCUAUUUAUGAAUAAUAUUUUGGUUUGUAAUUUGUGCAAUGUUCAACAUUUUGUGACACUGAAACUUCAAAGGGAAAAUGGUAUACAGUAGAAGUCUCUAUCUCUGUUUGCCCCUGUAAAAUUCAACAGAAUUUCAGUUUAGACUCCAGGGCCCGUUGCAUAAAAAUUACCAUAUCAUGGUAACUUUUCCAUGCAAUGGUAACUUGCAUUGAAUCCUUGAUUUUGAUUGGCUGUUGAGCAUUGUUACCAUGGUAGUUACAAUUGGAUGGCAAAGUUGGACCAUAAUAGUAACUUUUAUGCAACGGGGCCCUUGGGGUAUCUUUCAAUAAAAAAGAAAAGCAAAUUAAAAUCAUUAUCACAUUUUAUGAUUAUGUGGUACAUGUUUGAUGUGUACAUGAUCAAAAUGCCUGUCCUUGACUGUGGCUGUAUAUAUUUGGCAAGUAAAAUUGAAUAUUAAAACUUUUAUAUGGUAAUUUAAUGUUAUAAAUACAAUA